AAGAUUUUUAAAACGUAGCUGCUGUUUAAGUAAAUCCCAGUCCUUCAGUUUGUGCUUUUGUGUGUUUUGUUUCUCUGAUUUACGGAAUUUGGAAAUAAUUCUAUGGCGUUUGUUUCUCAAUUCAAUCAACUUCCGUGCAAGACUCUCGCACUCAAUCCACCACAACCUCAAUUGACUUCUAAGCCUUCGGUUUUCCCCAUCGCUUCGAUUGGGGCUACCGCCAGAGCCGCGGCGGGGAAGUCACUGAUCUCAGUUAGGCCUGCGUUCAAGGUCCGUGCGGUGUUAAACGAUGACGAGUGGGGGGAGGAUAAGGAUGAGAAGUAUGGAGAUGAUUCGUCUGUGGCGGUAGCUGAAAAGGAGGAGGAAAAGCCUCUGGAGCCAUCCGAGAUUUAUAAACUGAAGAAGGCGUUGGUGGACUCGUUUUACGGGACCGAUCGUGGAUUACGAGUGUCCAGAGAUACUAGGGCGGAGAUUGUCGAGCUGAUUACGCAACUGGAAUCGAAGAACCCAACCCCUGCUCCUACUGAGGCCCUGACUCUGCUCAACGGCAAGUGGAUUCUAGCGUACACAACUUUCGCGGGUCUGUUCCCGUUGUUGUCUAGGAAUUUGCCAUUGGUCAAAGUGGAGGAAAUUUCACAGACAAUUGAUUCAGAGAACCUCACCGUCCAAAACUCUGUCCAGUUUUCCGGUCCUCUAGCCACCACUUCCAUUACUACCAAUGCAAAGUUUGAAGUUCGAAGUCCCCUGCGUGUACAUAUCAAAUUCGAAGAAGGUGUCAUUGGAACUCCCCAGCUGACGGAUUCGAUAGUGAUACCAGAUAAUGUGGACUUUCUUGGGCAGAAGAUUGACUUUACACCAUUCAAUGGUAUCAUAUCUUCCCUUCAAGACACUGCUUCAAAUGUAGCCAAGACGAUUUCGAGUCAACCACCAAUCAAGUUCUCAAUCUCAAACACGAGGGUAGAGUCUUGGUUGCUAACUACUUAUCUUGAUGAAGAUCUUCGAAUUUCACGAGGAGAUGGUGGUAGCGUGUUCGUACUCCUCAAGGAAGGCAGUUCUUUCUUGUCUCUCUAAACACCCUUACUCUUCUCACUAUAAAGGGUUCAUAGGAAACUGAAUUAUUAUUCAAGGAUGUUUUUAAACGUGUUGUAGUUUCUUAUCAAAUAGUGAAUGAUAUUGCCUUCUGUUCAAAGGGCCAGCUUCAAUUAGCUUCGUCUUCUUUUAAAUCAUUAGUUACUUGAAUUUCUGUUGAGAAAAUAAACAUUGUUUAUCUUUUACCCAUACCAAAAGCCAAAAGUUAAACCAAAACGUGUGAAAAGCUUGGUUGGAUUGAA